AGAUGUCACUCAGCGUCAGGCACUUUUCAUGUCGACAUUUCCGAGGGAGCGUGAAGGCAUCACGACGCCCGCGCGGCUCUCAUUGCAACUUUUCUUUCGUCCUCCUCGACGGAACCGAACCGAACCGAACCGAACCGGGACCAUCUUCCCCCGGGGAGACCCACUCACGUUCUCAUUUCUUUUUCUUCUACUUCUCCUCCUCGUGAGCGUUUGUUGUGCCAGCGAUCCGUCAUGAUGCCUCGCAGCGGUUGUUCCGCGCCGCCGGCUCCGUCAUGCCCGUCCUCAAGAACCUUCCGGUGCGCCUGAAGGGCGGCGGCCCCACUUUGGACAACGCCCUGUUCAUUCGCAGGAUGAGCCUCAACAUCAGCCCGCGCCACCGCAGCCCCUUCGACGACAGCGCCGCCGCCGCCGCCGACCGAUCCUGGUCGCCGGGCGGAUCCUUCCUGGACGGCGACGUUCCCGGUGACCGCAACCCGUUCGAGGAUGAGGAGGACGAGAACGAGGCCAACGAGGGCAAGAAGGUCAAAGGGGGACGAGGCGGCUCGGGGAAAGGGUCCUUCAUCAAGUCGCCCCUGAAGAGUUUGGGGAAGCUGGGCAAGAAUUUGAGGUUGUCGGCCCGAGGGAAGGACGGCGCCGCCGGAUCACCGUCGCCGCAGGGAACGCCGUCGCCGGCCGACAAGAAGAAGAGGGGUCGCAGGAGCUCGGAAGGAAGCCUGCUGAGGUUUGCGGGCAAAUACCGCGACACCCUGAGCUUCCGCAAAGAGUCUUUGGCCAACGGCGACACAAACUGUUCGGAGAGCGAGUGCGACACGUCCAGCCGCCGCCUGUCCUUCAUGAAGAUGGUCGGCCUGGGCAAGACCAAGCGAGAGUCCGGGGCCGACCCGUCCUCCCAGGCCGCAGAGGACCAGUCGGUGCGCAAGGAGCCCGAGGUGGAGGUCAAGCCCAGGGAGCCGCUGUCAGUGCUGGAGAUCCUCCAGCUGGUGAAGAAGCGCGACCUCCUCCUGGCCGACACGCACAUCCUGGAGCUGGAGCAGGAGUGCGGCGGGCCCGAGGGCGGCCCGGCCCCGGAGGACGCGGGCGGCGCCGUGAAGGACGGCGGGCGGCGGAAGGCCAAGGACGUGGAGCUGCUGUACGAGGAGCUGCAGAAGGAGCUGUGGGCGGUGGUCCGGGAGUCGCUGCGCUCGCCCACCGCCGGGCCCAACCUGGGCCUGGUGGUUCAGGUGCUGCAGCAGGAGGAGCUGGUAGACGCGGGCCGGCCGGCCGCGGGCGGUCCGAGACCGCGGCAGCUGAAGCGGCGCUGGAGGGAAGCGGUGGAGGACGCGGCCGACGGCUCGCUGCCUCAGAAGACCGAGUUCACGGCCGGGGAGCUGGCCGGCUACCUGGACAGCAUCCGGGCCCGCGUGGUCGACGACCUGGACGCCGCCAAGAGGAACGUGGUCGACAUUUACCCCGGGGAGUACCAGGCCCUGCAGGUGUACACGCGCAGUUACCACCAGGCGGUUGCUAGGCGACUGCAGGCCAUCACCGAGCAGCAGAUGCAGAUCACCGACAUUUACUCACUGCUCGACUGGCUGCACAACAUAUACAACAGGGAUGUUUUGGCCAAGGUGUGCGUGUCCGACCCUUUGAGAGGCUCUCAGCUGGGACCUCUGCUGCCUUCGGAGGUCGUGGACAGGCUGGGACAAGACUGCCUCAACUCUGUCAGGGCUAAAGUCACCACCGAGUUGAGUCAGGUGCUGGACGAGGAGGAGAGGAGGUGGAUGGAGACGCUGCACGUGGAGGAGUACCAAAUCCCUCUGGCAAAAAAUAUCAUUCAGAGGCUACAAAUUGAUCUGGAACGUUCCGCCUCCAUCAACAGAACUUUGGGCUCCAGAGUGGCUCAGUGCAGCCUCAAUGGCCUGGCGGACUUCCUCUACUGUUUCCAGCGUAAAGUUGAGAUGUUUCACGAGGGGAUGCAGAGCGGAAUGUUUGGCGAGCACGAAGACGGAUACGUGUCCAAAACCGUUGCGCUCGUCAACUGCUCCCCACCGUUCAGAGGUUUCGUGCAGCGUUGCAUUCCGUGCGAGAGGAUGACGACGGCUAGCGACGAUUCGCUGCGGCGCGCCUACAGAGCGCUCGAUCACAUCGUCCAGCAGGGGGUGCGAGUGCUCUCCGAGCGCCUCUUCCUCCACAUCAGGCCAUUCUUCGAGCGCUUGGUGAAGAGAAAGUGGCUGAAUAACACGGAGGCGUACGAACAGAUUGAAGCGGCCAUCAAGGAGCACUUCAAGAAAUAUCACAGGAUGGACGACCCUCCCUACCAGCUGCUGGUGGCGGAGGUUCACCGGCGUGUCCUGAUGGAGUACCUUCGCUCUGUGAUGCGAGGGCGAAUCAUCUGCACGUCGCUCAAGAUGAGGAAGAGGAUGGCCGGACGCCUCCGAGACGAAGGACGGCAGAUCAAAGCCCUUUUCAAGGACCUGGAGUCUCCGUCGAGCUGGUUGGACGGAGCUCUGUCGCACAUCUCGGAGCUCAUCCAGCUGGAGGAUGUUCCCUCCAUCCAGAUGGAGGUCGGAGUUCUGGUGCAAGAGUUUCCAGACGUCAGGAAGAAGCAUGUGUCGGCCAUCCUGAACAUCCGCGGCAUGACGCGACAACGCGAGCGCCAGGAAAUCCUCAACAUCGUCAAGGACAUCGAGAACGGCGACGGCGGCGCGGGAGCCGGGAGUGUCGGCGGCGGCGGGGGUCUGGCCCGGGUGACCCGGGACCGCGCCCUCUUCUCCGAGGUGCCCGUGACUUCCGAGGUCCACUGCCUGAACGUGGGCCUGAGCCGCGUGGCCCUCGCCGCCUCCUCCUGCUACGUCGCGCUGUGCCCCCGCGGACGGAAGGCCCGGACGUCGACGCGCGACAACCCGGACGACGUCCUCUGAGGCGAAGAUUUCGAAGCAUUCUAUUGCUUUUCAUGCAUUUUCACCAGCUUUGAAGUCAAAUAACUCUUCAAGGCCUCCGCAAAUUCUCUUCACUCUGUUUCUAUGUAGGCCACCUCGAUGCUAAGCUAAGACAACCCACGCCCCCCCCCCCCCCCCCCCAAAAAAAAGCAAAUGCACGUGGAUGGACAGAUGGAUGGAUGAUGAGAUGACAGAUGGUUGGAUGGACCACUCAAAGAAAGAAAAACAUGUUUUUGUAUGUGUGGAUGGAUGGGCCACGUCAAAAGAGAGCAAUAGAUUUAUGUAUGGAAGGAUGGAUGACAGAGAGAGGGAGAGAUAGAUAGACCACAAAAGAAAGAUUUGGAUGGAUGAAUAAUCAGGUGAUACUGUGUAUGGAUGGAUUGAUGAUGGAUGGCUGAGCACAUUAAAGAAACCUAACUAGAUGGAGGGUUGGAUGUGUUGAUGGAUGGACCACAUAAAAAAAACGAGCAAUCGAUAAACGGAUGGAUGGAUGAUGGUUGAAGGAAAAGAUAGAGAUGAUUGAUGGAUGAAUGAAAGAAAGUUAGCUAAUGCUACACUAAUAGCAAGGAGCAUUUUUAGCGAACUGAACUUCUGGAUACUUCCAAAUGUCUGAAGGAAGUUUUUUGUUUUUGGCGAGGGGCGAACUUUUUGAUGAAUUCAUCUUUUCUGACCAGCAUUCCUGAUUUUGCUCCUGCGGUGAUGAUCUGGGAGCAGGAUUCCAUCAGGAACAUUGGACACUCUUCUGUCUUUUUCUUCUCCCUUCUGUUGUUGCACAUGAUGGAAAACGCAUAGAAAUAUGAAUCACGGUACUAGAUGACGUCAUUCUGAUUGUAUUUCAGACAAAUGUUUGGGUGGUUAAUUAUGAUCACUGAUUGAGAUGUCGUGUUAAAAAAAGACCAAACAAUUCACUGACAUUCUAAUGAUUAACUUUUAUUGUACAUGCGGAUUUUGUUUUUAAGGAUUUGAAAGAUCAACAGCAGGAAAGAAGACGAACCCACAUGUAAGUUAUUAGUAGUAACUGACACUGAUUCUUGUUUGUGGAAUUAUUUGCUGUUGAAGAACAUUCCGUUAAAAGUUAGUUACUCAGUAGACAUCUGCCCACCAAAUAGGCACUUUUUCCAGGAUAAAACGCAGAUGAAAGUUUAUUGAUUGACUCGUCUUCUGUCAACUUUGUAUAUGUGGACGUAUGUAAAUUGAUUAACAACAAUAAAAGCAGGUUCUGUCGA